UACGGUAAUGGAUUUUCGGCUCAGCAAGCUACGGUCACACUGAGCGCUGCGACAUCUCUAUUCAUCGAUUAUACUGUCUCUUUUUCUUUAUACGAAAAAAUAGUUCAACUGUUCGGACGUGUUUAUAUAUCGUGAGAAAAUAAAGCAAAAAGUAGCGUAUUCCGAGUGUUUUCGUGCGUAUGCAGAUAUAUUUUUGCACUGCGCAUCCUUUUUAAUAAGUUAUUUUGGCGAAAACGGCGAUUCAAACUCGCAAAUCGAAGCAGAAAGUGCCAGUUCUCGGUGACCAAGAAGGGCCGAAAUCGCAAAAACCCAAAGGUAAGUUCAGGUAAAAAAAGAAAUUAGCAAAGGACCAAGAGAGGGAGAUUGUGGGAGUGCCAUGUCAGAUGCCAUGAGUGCUCCGCCGCCCCUGAUUCCGCAGCUGCAGGAGAUGCAGCAACAGCAGCAGCAGGGCGCUAAUCCCGCCCAGCUCGCCCAGCAGUGGAGCAACUACGCCUGGUAUGCCAACCAGAAUGCUGCCUACCAGCAGCAGUAUCAGCAGUACUACCAGUACUAUGUGCGCUACCAGCAGCAGCAGCAACAGCAGGUAACCUCGACGGUCAGUGCGUCAAAUGCGCCGCCGGGCUUCAGCAAUGCGCUGGCUGCACCGCCGCCUCUACCCUCAGGGCCGCCCCCUCCGCCGCCUCCGAAAAUAGGUCAGCCACCUGGCCAAAACAAGCAACAACAACAGCAGCAGCAACAACAGCAGCAGCAAAAGAAUUUCGGCGGAAUACGUUUUAAUUUGAAUUUAAACCAAAAGCGUUUGGCCGGUGCUCCAAAUCCCCUGCAGCAACAACAACAGCAUCAACAGCAACAGCUUCAACAACAACAGCAUCAACAACAUCAACAACAACAACAUCAACAACAACAAAAUCAACAACAACAACAUCAUCAACAACAGCAACAGGUCAUGCAAUUGUACAAUAACAACAACAGCAACAAAAAGAAGCGCAAGCGGAAUAACAAAAACAAGAACUUUGAGCAAUCAGCAUAUAGCAAUCCGUUUGCCAAUCAAACCCCAGCCACACCCCAAGCUCCACCGCCGCCCAUCAUUAGCGCCAGCGAUGUAGGUGUACCAAUUAAUCCGGACUUGAGCAAACCACCACCACCAUUACCCCUGGCCAUUGUGGCACCCACAGAGAAUCCCCAACACCAGAAGCAGCAGCAGCACCAGGAGCACAAGGCAGCACAAGGAGCGGGAGAGGCUCCAUCCCAAACACCAAAUUUUAAGCGGCCGAACAGUUUUCAAAUGGCUUCAAGCGACUCCUGGCCGAAUUCCCUCAACCAAUAUGUUGCCCGUUGCUAUUCCAAGUGCAACACUGAUCUGGAUAAGGAUCAGAUCGACAUAUGUCUGAAAGGCAAGAUUAUAGCGGCGGCCAAUCGCAACGAGCUGUGGACACGCGACUGGGACAACGAGCCCAUGCCGACGGUGCACAGCGAGAGGGACGGCAUUGAUGUGGUGCUAAGCAAUGUGCCACCGCCGCAGCAGCAGCGAAGCAACUACUUUCAGAAGAAGCAAGAACAGGAGCGGGAGCGAGAGAGAGACCGCGAAGCGGAUAAGUCGCCUGCCAAGGGUUCCACGGGUGUAGUGAAUCAGUUCAAGCAGAAGGGCAAUCAGUUCAACAAGUCCUCGUCCGGCUACGGUUCGCAUCACUCUUCGACGUCCAAGUACUCCAGGAGUCGUUCGCGGUCGCCAUCAUCUUCAAACUCGUUAAAGUACUCGAGCAAGAAGCGGUACUCGCGUUCGCGCUCUCGUUCGCGUUCCCGUUCGCGAUCCCCCCGCUCCCGAUCGUGCUCCCGCAGUAGCGAUGCCAGCGGUCCACCGGCGCGUAAGGUUAUCCGCAAAUCGGGCUCGAUCGAAUCUUUAAAUUUCAUACCACUCACCGCGAAUUUAUCCCGCAAGCAGCAAAAAAUGCUAAUGAAGAAGGGCAAGCGCGCGGCUGCCAUGGCAUCAGCACAGAUGAAAAAAAAGGAAACACCUCACUUUUACAAUCAGUCGUCUGUUGGCGGUGCCGUUGAUGAUGACACAGCGCGCUUGCAACAGCGUGCGGCACGAUUCUCACAGCAGGGCUCCAGCUCGGCCAAGAAAUCGGUCGUCGCCAUUGCAAGCUCACCGUUUGGUCUCACCACGGCCAAGAACAAGAAGAAAAUGGUGCAGCAACAGCAGCAGCACCAACGGUCAUCUUUCUACGAGGACACAGAGGCGGCUAGCAGUUUAGAUCUUCUCGAUUUGCACAUUGUAGGAACUUGUAGGGAUCUAGAAAAGUCAUUUUUGCGUCUUACAAAGGCGCCGUCUCCGUCAGAGGUGCGACCUGUGGAGGUUCUCACCCACUCGCUUGUUAAUGUGAAAGGAAAAUGGCGUGCCAAUCAGGAUUAUCACUAUGCGUGUGAUCAGCUUAAGUCCAUAAGGCAGGAUUUGACUGUCCAGGGUAUUCGUGAUCAGUUUACGGUUGAGGUGUACGAGACACACGCACGCAUUGCCAUGGAGAAGGGUGACCACGAGGAGUUCAAUCAGUGCCAGACGCAACUUAAGAUGCUGUACAUGGAAAUCGGUGGUAAAAACGCCAACGCCCUCGAGUUCACCGCCUAUCGCAUACUCUACUACAUUUUCACAAAGAAUACUCUGGACAUCACCACUGUCAUGCGUUCGAUUACGGCUGAUCAACGUGAAAAUCCUGUCAUUGCGCACGCUCUUCAGUUCCGAUCUGCGUGGGCGCUGGGCAACUACUGCAAAUUGUUCUCCCUGUACAAGACGGCGCCUCUAAUGUCCGGCCACAUGAUUGAGUGGUUCCUGGAGAGAGAGCGCAAAGCUGCAUUGCGAGUCAUUAUUAAGUCUUAUCGUCCCAACAUUAGCGUUGACUAUAUUACCAAUAUUCUGGCUUUCGAUAGCUCCGAAAAGUGCAAGGAAUGGCUCGACACUUUCAGUUUGCCAUAUGCCGCCGAUGGUGUGCAAGUUGAUUGCAAAAAUGCAGCUGCUAUUGCUAUUUGAAUCGAACUUCAUAUAGAGCAGACUAGCUGGCAUGAAGCCCUAUUCGAUUUUGUACCUGAUUUCCGAGCUUUUCGGAUGUUAGUGUCCUUUUUCGGACUGCGGAUGCAACUCUCUUGGCCCUGUUUAAAAAUUUGUGUAUAUAUUUCUUUAGAUCGCGAUUCCCUUUCGUUACAAAGUUAGGACUUGACUUACUCCCGUUCUUAGGCUGAAGUCUUCGCUUAUUUAGGACCAACUGUUCUUCGUAGGGUUUAAAGUUUUUAGAUGGAAAAUAAUUCAACGGAAAAUUAUACAGAAAGCAUCACAGGAAACAUUCAAAACAAUGUUGAAGAUUUGCUCUGAAGUAGCCUUGGAUUUUAGAAGGCGUACUUUAUUAUCGAUGAUGCCAUACUUCGGAAAUAAAAUUAUACGGAAGGAUUCAUAUGGAUUAAAUUCAACAUGGAUUCAGCGACGAAUACUUUUUUCCAGGAUCAACAAAGGUGGAAAAAUGUAUGCUGUCGGAAAUAAUUUUAACAUUUGGCGCGGUGUGCUGAAAAUUUGUAACAGCGUUGGUCUUCACUACCUCCUUAAAAAUUCAACCAUCUUUGCAUACUUUUAACUACCAAAAUCGUGCAAGAUCCGCAAAUCGAAACUCGUCUGAAUUCAACAGCAACUUAACGUGAAACCUUAAGUGCGUGACCUUCCAAUGAACAUAUUCAGGUCCAGAAUUAAGUGAAUCGAUUCCAAAUCUUGAAUAACAACCUUACUAAAUAUGAACUUCCUCAAAACUAACACAUGCAGAUAAACAAAAUCAGAAGCGAUCACGGAACUCCAAAAGCCCUUAGGCUUUGGGCAGAGAAACCAUUUUUGUUUUGUUGUAAUUAUUUUACUCAUUUAUGAUCACUUCAUUUUUAAACUAGUUUUAAGGCUAGGCUUAAUGAUUGUUGUCUUAUUUAAAUUAUUGAAAAGGAUUAUACUAAUGUUCUGUCUCUCUAUUGUAUACCUGUAUAUAUAUACAACCAUCAAAUCCACCACCACCACCACGAACUACAACUGCAACGAGAUCCAGCCUGCAUGCAAAAUCCCCGGAAGUUCAAACUCAACAUUUUGGAGUAUGGCAAAUUCAACCAGGUCUUCCCCGUCGCCACUAAACAUCCGUGAAAAGGCAUUCAACAAGUCAUCAAAUACGCACGGCAUUUGUAAGCUCUUCCAAUUUUAAUUCGCUUUACUAAAGCAGAUUGUAUACAAAAAUUUGGAGACUUCGGGGUACCACAUAAGUAAUUGGCUAAGAACCUGUAAUCAGUGUUUUUUUUUAUUAGAGGGAGUUUGACUAGAAUCCUUACUACUAUUUUAAACAGUAAUUAUAUAAAAGGCUAGGAUUAUAGGCUAAGCUUAACUGUUAAUAUAUUUUUAAUUUUCUUGAAUGUUGGAAAACUAUUGAAAAGAAUUCAAUAUUUCAAAAGCUCCCCUAUCUAUGGAUGCAACCAAUGGCAUCCCGAUUGCAUGAAAUGGGAGUGCUAUUAUCCCGCUUUUAACAAUAAACGCCACAAAACAAA